CAACGAAUUUUGAGUUGCAAUUCAGCUCCCGUCAACGCCCCCAUCAAUUCAGCUGUCGCCGGCAUCUCUGCUUAAAUCCCUAUUCUACUCAACUUCACAUUUUUCUUCUCAUUACUUCGAUUCAUCUCUCUCUCUCGCAGCACCAUCAUGUCGAUAAAAACCGUCAAGGUCAGCAAUCUGUCUCUUGGAGCAUCAGAGCGUGAUGUUCACGAGUUCUUUUCUUUUUCUGGUGAUAUUGAAUAUGUCGAGAUGCGAAGUGAUACUGAGCGAUCUCAAAUUGCAUUUGUUACCUUCAAGGAUGUGCAGGGAGCAGAGACUGCAAUCCUUCUCUCGGGUGCAACAAUCAUAGACAUGACUGUGGAAAUUAAUCCAGAGCCGGAUUACAAGCUUCCUCCUGCUGCUUGUGCACCACCGCUGCAGCAAUCAGACAAAAAAACUGGAGGGGGUUCUGAAUCUGCAUUGCAAAAGGCAGAGGAUGUUGUGAGCAGCAUGCUUGCAAAGGGUUUCAUCUUAGGUAAAGAUGCUGUUAACCAAGCAAAAUCUUUUGACGAGAAGCACCAAUUGACCUCCACAGCAAGUGCCAAAGUUUCGUCAAUCGACAAAAAGAUUGGGCUGACUGAGAAGAUAACGAUUGGAACUUCCAUUGUGAAUGAUAAAGUGCGGGAAGUGGAUGAGAAACUGCACGUUUCCGAGAAAGCAAAAUCAGCAUUAGCUGCAGCUGAGCAAACAGUUAGUAAUGCUGGAUCUGCUAUUAUGAAGAAUAGAUAUGUUCUUACCGGCACUACAUGGGUAACUGGUGCUUUUAGCAAAGUGACCAAGGCUGCUGGGGAAGUUGGCCAAAAGACGAAGGAGAAAGUUGGGAUUGUUGAGGACGAGCAGAGAAGGAAAAUGGUGGAUGACUUCGCGCAGGUUCAUUUAUCAGAGUCUCCUAAAGCUUCUGAUUCUGCAGAGCUGCAUCCUUCCAAGCCUGCUCCUGUACAAGGUUUGAUUCUCUGAUUGGCCUCCUAAACACUUUCGUGAUCCUUGUGUUGUGCCGUCUGGUUCUGAUUCUGAGAAUAGGCUGAAAUGGUGAUCUUCAUUCUUGAAGGAUUUUGCUUCAUUUUAUAUGUCGUUUGUUGUUUCAUACAUAUAUACACAUCAAGUGAAAACUGAAAAUAUCAAUAGUUGAUGCAUGGACUAGUUUGAUUCUUGAA